AUGUACCUGUGUGUUAAUUCGUCCAAAUGGAUCUCAGUAAAUCGUUUUAUGGACAGUUCAUUCGAUUGUCCUCAAAACGAUGACGAAAAUAUAAUCCAAACGAAUUAUACCGAUCUAACACAACUUUUAAAAAGCCAUGUCAAAUAUGAAAUAUCCAACAAGUACAUUCAUCGAUCGUAUGUUUAUGAUGGAAAAUGCCACUGUGAACUUUUUGUUUCAUAUUGGUGUGAAGAUGAAGAUUUUCAUCGACAAUAUGCCAGAAAGAAUAUUUCAUUUCAAACUAUUUGUGAUGGAUUUACUGAAUUGUUCCCAAUAACUAUCGAAGGACAAAAUCAAACAGAUGAAACGGAAUGUGAACAUUGGUCAGGUAAUAACAUUUAUACUCAUUGUGAUGAUCAGCAUCCAUGUGUUUCACCUGAUACGAAUGAAAUUAAAUGUCUACCUAUUAAGAAAGCAAAUGAUGGCGAAAUCGAUUUUCUUGGUACAACUGACGAGCCAAGAUUAUGUCAAGAAAAAUAUGAAGGAAGAUUUUUCAAAAAUUUUUACUGCAUUAGCGGAACAUCUCAAUGA